AUGGGAAAGAAAGGAGGGUCUUCAUGGCUGACACUAGUUAAAAAUGCAUUCAGGUCUCCAUCUAAGGAUCCUCGUGAUAGAAAGAGCAACAUAAGGAGAGAUAAAUUACAUGAGCGACAAGAAGAAGAAGAAGAGAAGCAGAAGAGAGAAAAGAAACGAUGGUUGUUCAGGAAACAUACCUGUGGGCAUUCUGCUCAGCCUUUUGAAGAAAAGAUAGCUCCAAAUGCUGGUCAGCAGCCUUCAGACUCUAAUCUGGCUUCUGAGCAAAGGCAUGCCAUUGCGGUGGCUGCUGCAACUGCUCAGGCUGCACUUGAGAUUAUCCGGUUGGCCAGACCUCCCACUUCAGCGCAGCUAUCUGCCUCCAUAAGGAAAGACUAUGCUACUGCAGCCACAAUCAUCCAGACAGCUUUUAGAGGAUACCUUGCAAGGAGGGCUCUACAAGCACUGAGGGGAAUUGUGAAGCUCCAAGCUUUGGUUAGAGGACACAAUGUAAGAAAACAAGCAAAAUCAACUCUGAAAUGCAUGGAGGCUCUGAUUCGUGUGCAGAAUCGAGUUCGUCAUCAACGUGCAAGGCUAUCGUAUGAAGGGAGUAGUAUAAAGUCGAUGUUUGCUGAGUCCAAUAGCCUGCCGGAAUCCAACUAUCUUCAAGAAAGGAAAUCUAUAAUGAUGACAAAAGCAAGAAGUAGCCUAACAGAUGAUUGGGAUGAAUGCCCGCAUACCCUCCAAGAGCUUGAUUCUCUUCUACAAGCAAGAAAACAAGCUGCAAUGAGGCCUGAAAAAACACAGGCCUGUGCCUUCUCUCAACAAAUAUGGGAUUCAGGAAGAAACCCAUCUGCAGUAGAUCAUAUAGAGAGGGAGAUUGAGGAAAGAGCAAAUUGGCUUGAUCAAUGGAUGGCAUCUAAGCAGUGGGAGAGCAGCAGUAAAGAGUCGAGUAACAGAAGAGAACUUAUAAAGACGGUUGAGAUUGAUACAUUCAUGCCUCAUCGCUAUUCCAGUUCCUCAGUUCAAAGGCCAGAGAGGAGGCAACAGCAACAGAGCACAAACUAUCAUAGAGUUUCAUAUCAUCAACCACCUGUUACGCCCUCUCCAUCCAAAAUGAGACCCCUUCAGAUUCAUUCAGCAAGCCCUAGAAGCUUCAGGGAGGAAAGAAGUUGCUCCACAUCCAAUACCCCGAGUUUGGGAACAUCCACCCGUAGGCUAAGCGGUUGCAUACCUAGGAAUGGAGCCGAAGCUUCAGCCAGUGUCGCAAUACCAAACUACAUGGCUACAACAGAAUCUGCAAAAGCUCGACUCAGAUCACAAAGUGCCCCACGACAGAGGCCAUCAACACCUGAAAGGGAAAGGGAACGAGGUGCAUCAGCAAAAAAACGUCUUUUGUACCACCCUGUUCCCAAUUAUAGUACUGGGAUUGGUUGUGGUGGUUUUGGGAAAAACUUGAGAAGCCCCAGCUUCAAGAGUGUUCAAGCAGGAUAUGUUGGAAUGGAGCAAGGAUCAAAUGAAAGCAUUGGAGGUGAACUGGUGUCUCCUUGUUCUACUACUGAUUUAAGAAGGUGGUUCAAAUAGGUCAAUUCAAAAUGGGGUUUAGCUUAGCUACUCAUUUGAUUUCUGGUUAUAUAGACAUGGUUGUGGUAGCCAUUAAAUAGUUAUGAGAAUGUCAAUCUUGUGUUUUCCAGUUUGUUAGUACAAAAUAAUGAUCCAUGAGAUUGAACAAGUAGUGUGGGUUUGUGAAGAUAACAAUAACACCAAGGAUUGUGAAGGCUUGCUGGAAU